UCUCUUCUUCGCCUCCUCCUCGCGGCGGCGCUCCAACCGAAUAAGGAGGUGAGAGAGAGAAAGAGAGAGAGAGAGGGGGGGAGAGAGAUGGCAGCGCCGCGUCUCCUUGCGCGCUUUUCGAGGCAGGGCGUGGCCGCGGCGGCGGCGGCGGCGAGGCGGCACCACGAUGCGGCGGCGCUGCUCGGCGCGUCGGCGGGGCGGCAGUUCGUCGUCGCGUCGUGCUCUUCGACCAAGGUCUUGCCUCUGUUGAAUCAGCCGAGGCUAUACUCAACUUCAAUCUUCCAAAGGUUUGGGUUUUCAUCUUCUGCUCCCCAGCAAGAUGAUAAGGAGGGAAAUAAACCCACAGAAGAUGGAGUUAAUAAAAGCACUCAAUCAGAAACUGAAGCUUCAAAUGAAACUAAUAAUUCAUCUGGAACCAAGAAUGCAUCUCAAGCAGGUUCUCAGGACUCCACGCCCCAAUCUAACAGGAGAAGGAGAAGUACUAAACGAACUGCAUUUUCUGAUUCAGAUACAGAAGACCUUGACCUGUCAAAGGAGGACCUGACAAAGCUAGUUCUGGAGAAAGAGGAGCUAUUGAAAUCUAAAGAUGAAGAAAUUAAAGACAUGAAGGAUAAAGUUUUGCGCAGCUAUGCAGAGAUGGAGAAUGUCAUCGCGAGAACAAAGCGUGAAUCGGACAAUGCAAAGAAGUAUGCAGUACAGGGCUUCUCCAAGAGCUUAUUAGAUGUUGCGGACAAUUUAUCUAGGGCAUCAUCUGUUGUCAAGGAGAGCUUCUCAAAGAUAGAUACAUCUAAUGAUUCUGCCGAAGCAGUGAAGCUACUGAAGACCCUACUAGAGGGUGUUGAGAUGACUGAAAAGCAACUUGGGGAGGUCUUCAGGAAAUUUGGAGUGGAGAAGUUUGAUCCACUUAAUGAGAAAUUUGAUCCAAAUAAACAUGCUGCACUUUUCCAAAUUCCUGAUCCUUCGAAACCAUCAGGAACUGUUGCGGCUGUUGUAAAGGUGGGCUACAUGCUACAUGACCGUGUUCUUCGUCCAGCUGAGGUAGGUGUCACUGAAGGUGGUCCAACUGAAGAGGAGCCAGAGGAUAAAUCUGGCAAGUCCCUAAGUUAGAUAUCACCUGUCCUUCAGAGAUUUUUCUAGGCAACCAUUCACGUCACAGUGCUUUGGACUGGCACGAAAACAUUACAGUUCUUUGAACCUUGGGAGGGCAUGGAAGACACAGUUUUGCACUAAUGUAUCAACAAUUUUCCUGUUUUAGUUGGAUAAGCCGAUCCAUAGGUUACCUUUGUUUCAAGGAUAUCUGUAAUACAAAAUGCCGUUUUGCUGUGAUGAGUGUUUU